AUGAUUAUGAUUACAGCCGCUGACUAUGGCUUUCUAACGCUGACGCUGGUGGAGAAAAGUGCUGGCCUCCGUUCGACCACGACUUUCACACCGGCAGUCGCCGAGAGCAGUCUCUGGCUGACGGAGCUGGUGAUUGUCACUGUUACCCUCACUGCUGUACGUAGGCCCUGCCUGUUGGACCGCAUCUCGCUCGCUCGUGGACACAGACCCGGUCACUGCUUCGACUAUGCUGCUCGGCUGACACAGAACCGCUUAGUGGGCCCGUCAUAUGCUUGCGUGAGCAGUCCAGCAGGCAUCAUGACUGAAGGAGUUUCAUCAGUCGCCAGCGGCAGCCGUAUGAGCAAGCGCCGCCGCGUCGAAGAAUGCAAGACGGACGAGGGCAAUGCUCACGGCCCCUCUGACUCCUAUCAUGACAGCUGGACCGAUGAGACACCGCGCCAGAUUGCUGCGUCUCAGGAUGCUGCAUCAUACGCUGCAAUCACCACGGCAUUCAACAAUGCAGCUGCCCGCCCUCCCAUCAAUGCAAAUGAGAGCUCGCGGUGGCAGCAAUCGAACCCUUCCGCAUAUCCCGAUCUCGCCGCAGGCUUCCAACAGCCGUAUUACUAUCAGCAGUCUGGCCAGGCGACAUAUAAUACUGCUUGGACCCCCACCGAUUCUCAGGCGUAUGGCAGUGCGACUGCUACUACCUCCAGCUAUACCACAGGAGAGCCUUCUGGAACUGCCACGAUGCCCUACUUUCCACCGACUACAUCAGGCACUGCUCAACUUGUGGAAGCGAUCGAUGCCCUCGAUGGUGCUACAGCAUUUAAUUAUCCAGAGGUGGAACAUGCAACACAAUAUGCCUACAACCGUAAUACGUCCCGAUCAGCUGCAAAUAUGACAGCUUCGCGAGAUGUGGCAAAACCGGGAUCUGCAUACUACUUCGACGAUGCAAGUAUGCACCUGAAGAUACAAAGUCUACCGAUAUUGGACAAUCUGGCCACGCAAUUAAUACACACGAUUUCCAAAGCGAGCUUUCCUCAAAUACAAGACAUGAUGCGUGUCGCCGACUCCGAGGACGGACAAGCGUACAGGACCCUCAAAAAUCUGUUCGAUCAAACUCGCAAGGUCUACAGUCGAGAGACAGCCUUCAUUGACGCCAUCGCUAUUCAGAUGUUUCAGCCCGCUCAGCAGGAGAUAAUACGAAAGGCCAAUAUUGCCACAUUCAUCUCAAGUAUACUGGGCGCCCACGACGUCAGCUUCUUCCACCUCAAUGAAUUCUUCAUGGAGACCUUUGUACCUCUCGGUCAUCGUUUACUUAAGUGGCAAGGCGCCAUUUAUCUGGAACUGAAAACGCAAACUUACAUAUCUGCUUUGAUGAACAGCGAUGGUGGCCCUGAAGAGAUGUUAGAUGAGCUGUUUCCACCAGAUCUUGACGCCCAAAUUCUUACUCGACAUCCUGAUGCGCCCAGCCUAUCGCCCAGUGAGCAAGAUUUCAUCGAUCGGAGUCGAGCUCGAAAGAGCUACCUCCUCGCCGAGCCAACUUCUGCGGACGCCCUGAAAGAGUUGCCGAAGAAGUAUCAAUGGAGUGACUUCGUUCGCGAAUUCGCAUCUUGCAUCACGAAGAAUGUAGAUGGUAUCAUGAACGUCCCUGCCCGAUCCCAGGCUGUUUCUACUAGUGCCAAGGGGGCCAACGCGGAGAUAAGUGGACAAAAUGGCGCGAAUGGAGCAAGUAACGGCACAUUCGCAGCUGUUUCAAAUUUGUCCAUUAAUGGCAAAGCUUCUGGCAGUGGCGGCCCUGAGCCACGAAAACCCACGCCGGCUGCUUCUACAAUACGACAGCCAUGGACUAAACCCGAAGAAGACGCGCUGCUUGCAGGUCUGGAGCGCGUCAAUGGCCCGCAUUGGUCACAGAUUCUCGCGCUUUAUGGUAGAGGAGGCUCGGUCAGUGAAGUGCUCAAGGACAGGAACCAAGUGCAGCUCAAAGACAAGGCCCGAAAUCUGAAGCUGUGGUAUCUCAAGACAGGAAAAGAGGUACCACCUUCAUUACGAGGUGUCACUGGUGAGCUGCGGAAACGUGGUGGAGCUCGAGCAAGAGCUGCUCUAGGCAUGACGGACGAGAACGAAGACGCCGGUGCAGCAGCGGAGAAAGAUGCCGAUGGCGAGGAUGGAGAAGAGGCAGACCAGGACAAAGAGACCACGACGCGGUCAGGGCGAGCAUCCAAGAAGAAAAGCAAGAAGACAUGAGCGGAUGACGAUGUCGACGGGCAUUCAGGCCUGAAACGUCUUGAUGUAGUGUCAGGACCUCUUCGUGCAGUUUUGGAGUUACCGAGAUCGGAAGGAACAGUCCUGGGAGACGGAAAGACAGCACCUAGCCCGCCCGGCCGAAGAAUCUUGAAGGAAAGGCUGGCAGAAGAAGCAUAACUUAACGCAGCGAUGGAUAUGAUACGGUACCUUGCAGUGUGCAUAUGGGCAUGCGUGUGAUCAACACGAAUGAUUUCUUGUAAAUGAUUAUCAGAAAGCCAGCAGUGACUGUAAUCUAAGCCAAGAGAGUAGAGUCAUGCCACGCGUGGCCGCCGUGGAGGCUUGGGCAUGAUUGCAGUGCUGCUCUGGGUCCAAGACAUAAAUCGUCGUGUUGUGCAGAGUCUGCUUCUGCUGACGACUCUACCUUGAAACCUCUCUAUCGGUACAAACAUCAUGCCAAAAACCUUGAAAUAC